CGCCGUAUCUUCCGCUCAGCAAAGAAAGGGGGCGGUCCCGCCAGGGGAGGGGAGAAUGCCACCGCCUGAGGAAUGUCAACUAUUCAACAUGGAGACGGCGGUUACUACGCUCGAGACCAUGUUCCAGAAGGCCGAAUCUGAUCUGGAUUACAUCCAGACAACGUUGGAGUUUGAGAUGAUGAAACGGCUCCCUAACGGACUCGCCCAAGAGGAAAACCCUCUGGUCCUGAUACAGCAGCUUUCGGUAGUGAAAUUGCGUUACAAAACCUUGUGCGAACAGCUGGAGAAGAUUUCCGCCGAGCGGCGAGAGUCCAUGCGUGCUAUCCGGGCCACUUUGGCGAAAACAGUGAAGUUGGUCCAGGAAAUACAGGAGCACAGCGGUACAGAGAUCUCUUCUCUGUCUGAAGAAGAACAGCUUGCGAUGCAGCACUUAAUGUACCAGACUCCUGAAGUGAUAGAUGGUUUGACAGAACAGAUUUGUCCAAAAGAACAUUAAAUCCAUGGGUACAUCGCUGAAUAUUUCAGAAAGAAACUUCCCAGCGGGAGGUGAUGAACGAGGCCGCGUACCUCUUCGUUUAUAUUUUUUUACCUGUUGGGUGAUUGUUCCUAUGUUUGGUACCAAGGUACCCCAGACAUCAUUAGACGAACAAUGUGUAAAAAAGUGCCCUUUUGAAUUAUGUGCUGGUGUUGAUAGUGUAUCUUUAUUAAAAGGUGAAAAAAGUUUACAAAACCAUCAGCCAGUUUACAUGAUCUGAUUGCUUCUGCCCAAAGGGCAGGGUUUUGUGUUUGUGUUUUUGUUUUUUGUCUGUAUUAUUGGUGUAAGCAAGGCUUGCUUACUCAGGGCAACUUUCAAUAAUUACGAUUAAUUUCUGACCUAGAUGAACAUUCCAGAAAAAUAAAAA